UUGACAAAACGUUGAUUAUAAACGACGCCGAAUUGCACUUGCAUCGCAUUGGCUCCCUCAUCGCCAUUUGCUUCAAAUCGCCGUCACUUUCACCAAGAUCUUCAUCAACCAUCUACGCAGUGCAAAGAACACAGCACCACCACCAACAAACCGACCCCUCAUCGAGCGUUAUGGGUGUAGCUCAGGCCCUCAAGAGGAUCCCUCGCAUCAAGUUCCCUAAGCGACAUCCAAACCCCUCUGGUUCUACUUCUCAGACUCCAACAAGCAUUGGGGUGGAUGAUCAAGUGUUAUUCUUAUCUUUAAAUGAAAAGGCAUCCAAAACUAUUGGAGGAAAAGCUUCCCUUCAGCCUAAAAGGACUCCAAUGUCCAAUGAGGAGAUUGAAGCUAUUUUGCUGGGUGGAUGCAUCUGAUGAGCUUUGAGAGUGGAAUAUAGUAUGGUUGUGGACAUUCUUUUCUUAUAUUUAAAGUUUUAGCUUCCAGCAUUGAACUUUCUAUCAGUAUCAUCAUAUCAUAAUAUUAUGAAAUUUCUAUUUGCAAAAGAAAUACUUGAUUUAAAUGUUCUUUAUAAGAGGAAAGGAAAUGCAGUUUGGACACCCAUUUUGCUUUA